AUGGAUUUAAGUGGUACGAGAAUUGCAGUCGCUUUGUGGGGCAGUUUUGCAAUGAAGCUGAAUACUUACAUUUCACAACAUAAUAAUGACACUGCUCCUGUUAUUAUCCUGCUACGUCAACCUCAAGUUGGUAAUUGUUUUUUUGGGUCUAGAUUGCAUAUAAAUGAUGAUAUGCCUCAGAUUUUGGAGUUCAAAUCAAAUCUUAAUGUUGUGGAUACGAAUGUUGAGUCUUCUAGCCGUACAUCCCAGCUCAACUCAGAUACCGUUGUGGCUAAUCCAGAGGAUUACUACCUCCUUACUAAAAAUGAUGAUGAUGUUGAUGCUGGCCCUUUUCACUGUGAUGGUUGUGGAUUUGUCUCGGAUGUAUUUGGAAAGAUUAGGAUAGUAGUUCGUGUGCAAGAUGAAAGUGGCUCUUCUUCGUUUGUAUUGUUUGAGUGUCACGUAAAAGAUCUUAUUCAUCGUGGAAACCAAUGGUUGAUGGACAAAAUAGCUAAGAAUCAAGGGCGACAACAGAUACCUAAUGAGUUCAAUAUUCUUCUAAAUAAGAAGUUUGUCUUCAAAGUUCAGAUUUCCAUGUUCAAUCUGCAGAACAACUAUCGUGCUUACACUGUGCAUAAGUUAACCGAUGAUGAUGAAAGGGUUCUUGCUGAGGUGACAAAACGGUCACCAAAUCAUCAACAUGAUAAUAUAAAUGAUAAUGGUACUCCUAUUAACAAGCCAAAUAAGGUUGGUAAAUGUCUCAUAUAUUUCCAAAGUCAAACCCGUUACAUUUCAAGUGACAUGCCUAUGGAAAAAGUGGACUAUGAUUACUACAACAUAGAAUUGUUUUCAUCUACUACAUGGCAAUGGAGGGAGUUUCAAAAUAUCCGGUUACCAUCAUCUGUUUAUCCUGUCUCUGAUGAGGCAGUUACAAGUGGCGGUGCCGUAUACUUCUUAUUAUCUAAUGAUACCAUAUUGCGAUUUGAUAUUUAUUCAGAAGAACAUAUACUCAUAUUUGCACCUUCUACUAUUAAUGAAUUAAAACCGUAUGCAUCGAGACUAAUCAAGUUUCACGGAAAAUUAGGAUAUCUCUCUAUAAGUGGAGAUAGUUCGUGGGUUAUUUGGAUUUUCAUUCACAAUCAGUGGGUUAAAGUAGAUGAUAGUACUUACAAUGAAAGUGCACAUGAAUGGUGAGAUUAUAGAAACAAUACCCUAUAUUUCUUUAAAGGAAAUACGAUUGAGUAUGUGGUUCCGACACAUCAUUCUCAACAAGUUUUUUCAAUCCGUUCUGAUUUUGAUACAGUGA